AUGGCAAUAUAUAGAUCUAGAAAGGUAGGUAAAAGGAACAGCAAUAAUGAGACCAAAUAUGUCCAAUCAAAGUUACAAUUUGGCAAAAAGGAAUCAAAAAUAGUCAAAUGCCCAAAAUGUGAAAUGACUUACACUUUAGGUUCGAUUGAUGAUAAGAAUGCUCAUGAUAAAUAUCAUGAUCUUCAUCUAAAAGGUAGGAAAUGGUCUAAUAGAUGGGGGUCGUUAGUUCGUAUUCCUACAUUAAGUAAUAUAGCUGAAAUAACACCUCCAUCAUCAUCAAGAGCAUCUGUACUAACGACUGGUCUUCCAAUUGGAGAUAAAGUCGUUAUGAUACAACCUGAUAAUGCGAACGAAGUAAAGGCAACAUUGGAAAUACUAGAGAUUGUAAAUAACGAGUUGAAUGCCCCCCAUGAUGAGAAUGAUUUUUGGUCUUUACCAAAUGAAUCAGGAAGAGCAUUCGUAUAUAUUAAAAAUGAUAGGGCAGUUGGGGUUAUAACUAUAGAAACUCUAGAAAAAGAGAGGUGUAGGUGGAUGGUCUAUUCUUCUAAAUCUAUAGUUGCAAAUAUUAGACCAAAUUUCAUUCUUGGAAUAUCUAGAAUUUGGGUUUGUAAGACAGAGCGUUGUCAUGGCAUAGCCAGCGCCUUACUUGAAGCUGCUAGAAACCAUACAAUAUAUGGCAAACCUGUGGAGAAAUGGGAGAUAGCUUGGAGCCAACCCACUGAAAGUGGUGGAAAACUUGCAUCAAAAUACAAUGGCGUCACCCAUAAAUCAGGAAAGUUACUACUCCCAUGUUACAUAUGA